GUAUGGCUGAUCUACGCUUUGACGUCUCUCUCACCGGUGCAGUUGAACACAGCGGUUCAGAAUGCCGUUAAACCGUUGAAUGAGAGAAACUUACCGGAGGAGACGAACGACGCGCCGACGCGGAGCUCCGUCACCCGGAAGUUCUUCCCUGAAGUGCCACCGGGUCAGAAGUUGCACACUUCCGGUGGACGCAGCCGCUGCAGAAAAUAAACAGAGAGAGAAACGGCAGGAAAGAGCAUUACAACUCCUCUAUCAGUGUGGACUCAAACUGAAAAUGUUGAGGAGGAAACCGACUCGUCUGGAGCUUAAGAUCGACGACACUGAGGAGUUUGAGAGCGUCAAGAAGGAGCUUGAGGCCAGAAAACGUCAGCGAGAGGAGGCGGAGUCGGGAGGUGGAGUGGGUGGGGCAUCUGUAAUUGGUGUUGAUGUAAUUGGGGGUGGAGCCUCUGCCUCAGCAUCGUCCUCCACAGCCGCAUCAAGGGCAGAGCUUAUCAAUGACCGAAUCGGCUACAAGCCCCACCCUAAACCGGCGACCCUGCCGACCUUAUUUGGAAGUUUACAGUUUUAAUGAUGAAUAAAGUUUGAGCAGAAUAAU